CAAAAUAUCCAGCUCUCAUGGUUCAGAUGAGCUAUAGUUCAUGGGCGGCCAAUCUGAAGUGUCACAGCAGUUGUUCUCUACCUCCUCAUCCCUCCUUCAUCUGGUACAAAAAUGGAGAGAGAAUCCAGACAGGAACAUCUUCUUCUUAUUCAGCCAACUAUGACUAUCCAGACAGUUACUCCUGUGCUCUACAAGGACACGAGGAUUCCCCCUCUCCUCCAUUCUGUCUCUAUAAGGAUUACUGUAACAGAGUGACGUACACUGACCGAAGAAUCUGUGCUCCCAAAGGCUCAUCAGUGAACAUCUCUUGUACUUACUUCAGUUACGACAGUUACUACAAUCACGCAACGAUCGCAUCAAAAUUCUGGUUCAUUCCUAAACUCAGUGGAAACUGGCAGAGUCCCUCUCAACCUGCGGACCUGAGAGUGGACUCCCAGUAUGCAGGUCGUGUUCAGGUCCUUGAAACAGAGAGUGGACGCUCUGCUCUGAGAAUCUCUGACCUGAGAGAGAGCGGCUCAGCAGAAUAUCGCUUCAGAUUCACUUCAGGACACUUUGAAUGGAAGGACAGUUUACCUGGUACAACUCUGACUGUCACAGCUUUACAGGUACAGGUACAGAUGAUAAAAGCUGGAGAGUCUUACAACAACGCAGAGCUGAGGUGUCUUAGCAGCUGCAGUCCACCAGGUCGUCUUUUAUACGUCUGGUUCAGGAACAGAAGGGAGAUUAGAGGGGAGGAGACAUCUUCUUUUACAGGCCGGAUUUAUCUUGGAAAUGAAAUCUCCUGUGCUUUCAAAGGACAUGAAGGAUUCCCCUCUCCUCCAGUGUAUGCUCCAAAGACUACCUCUGUGUUACAAAGACCCUCUGGUGAGGUAGUGGAGAACACUUCAGUGACUCUGAACUGCAGCAGUGAUGCUAACCCAGCAGCAGUUACAUAUACCUGGUACAAGAACGGAAAUCCAGACUUUAAACCUUUCAGUAAAGAAGCCCAGCUUGUCUUCCGCUCCAUCCAGCCCUCUGACUCUGGAGAGUAUCACUGUGAAGCUGAGAACCAGCUGGGAAAGGGACCAUCUGAGCACCUUACCAUCGAUGUGAAAUAUCCUCCAAGGCUUCCCUCUGUGUCAAUGCAUCCUGGUGAGAUUAUGGAGGGCAGUUCAGUGACUCUGAACUGUAGCAGUGAUGCUAACCCAGCAGCUAACUACACCUGGUACAAGGGAAAUGAUCGUACACCUCAAGGAUCCGGACCAGUCUUCACCAUCAAUGAUGUUAGAUCUGAACACAGUGGGGGUUAUUAUUGUGAAGCUGACAACAGAAGAGGGCGCCACAACUCCACCUUACAUUUUGUUGUUGUGUCAAGUUCAAUGAAAUCAGUCGCUGCUGGAUCAAUCUCUGCCAUUUUCCUGGUCAUCAUUUUCCUCUUAGUCAUCCUAUUCAUAAGGAGAAAGAGAUCCUCAAAGGAAACCAACCAGCCUGGAGAAAGUCCGGACAACAAUGGAGAGCUAAACAUGGCUUCACAAAGUGAACCAGCAGAGGAACUUUGCUACGCCAGUGUGCGCUUCUCCAACAACCAGGAAGAGGCCCUCUACUCCAACUUUUCACCAGCUAAGCCUAACAGACCCAAGAAGAAGAAGGAGGAUGAAGAUGGGGACGAUGUAGAAUACGCGAGGGUCAACAUUAAGAGUAAAAGGCCUUCCUCAAGAUCAAGAACCCAAAUGACGGAGGAGGAUGUGUCUGCAUUGUACAGCACAGUCGUCCGAACACCAAGAGUGUGAGCACAACAUGGAUCAAAGGUUUAUCACACCCCAGUGUCAGUGAGACACAUUUCUCAGGACUUAAUGCACAGAAGAAGAAGAAUUUAAACCGAUAGAUCAUUUUGAUAAUUUGAUAAGUAUUUGGAAGAUCAUACUUAUCGUGCCUCACAGCAGCAUCUUGUCCUUUAAGGCCACCGUUGCUUAAACAACGGGUGGGGUGAGCUUUGAUUUCUUGCCAAACAAUAAUUUUUAUCUUAUGCUAAAAAAACAGUAAUCAUGUAAAGGCUUACCUUUUAGGAGCUUUGACUACAACUUUUAGACUGCAGUCAUCUUGUUUUUGGAGCCUGAAGUCACCAUAUAUGGACCAGGGGGAUGAGCUCUGAAGAGAGGAAGAAGAUAGCAGAUGCUAAAUAUUAAGUAAAGUCGAUGCUAAAGGCUAAUUUACUUGCUUGUAAUUUGCAUGUCUAACAAAUCAGAUAUGAGAAUUUGCUGAUUAAAGCUGGGGUUGGUAAUCAGAUUUAGAUCUACUUUUUGUCA